UUGAAAAGGAAACAAGAAAAUCACGGAUGCUUUUGGAUACAUAUGUAUGUUCAUAUGUAGUUUUGGUGUAUGUAUAUAUUUAUAUAUAUCUACUAAAAAAAGACUAUGGACAUCUAUGGUAUUGACACCUCAAAACCGAGUAAAGGGAAUAAUUUUCGCUUGCACAUAUCGAAAAAAUUUUUGAAAGAAACCGAUUACAGCAUAACUCCAGGUUUUUAUGUUGCUUUUAAUGCUGAUAAAAGACCCUCAAGUUAUGGUGUCUUUGCAAAAUAUCGGCCCAUCAGCGAGGGACUCUCUUUAUCCAUUAAAACUUCAAAAAUGUUUAGCAUUUGCCGAACAACAGUAUUUCACGUUAAAAAUAAUUUAUUCAGGGAUAAUAACCAUACCGUAAAUGCUUGCAUAAGAGUGUCGAAGACAAAGAUGAAAGAUGGGUAUUGUUAUAAUGGGUUUACCCUUGGUCUGAGCUAUAAUCACGCUCAGGGAUAUGGUGUAAAAGUGUCUACCUCUCGUUUCUGGAAAUUUAAUUUUACGUUUAUUGAUGUGGUAGCCAAGGUGAAUCUCUGGAAAUCACCCAAUACGGCAAUGACUUUGGACUUUAGCGCUAAAGCUACGCGAUACUUGAGUGGCUACUAUGCCGGAGUUAAUAAAUUUACAUUUGGUAUUGGAUUUAACCAAAAUUUUUAGUCAUUAUGCUUGCUUGCAUUGAGAUAUUUAAUAAUUUAAUUUUAUUGAGUCAAAAAAAGUGUUUGUUUUAUGUAUUAAUUUUUAUAUAAUUUGGAAGAAUUAAUUUUCCUUUUAAUAUUUGGCUUGUAAAAGUUCUCCGUGUUCUUCAUGGCUUUUUAAAGCUUGUAUUAUUUUCUAUGAAUCUAAUUUCUUUAAAUAUUAAUCGAUUUAAUUUAGAUUUAAAAAUACGGCAAGAAAUAUAAAACCUGCAAACUCAACUAUUAUUAAUUGAAAUUAUAUUAUUAUUGUUUCAUGGUGCUUUUAGUAUCGACAGUUAAAAAUUUCAAAACCAAACAAUUUAGAACCCGAAAAAUCAGAAAGAAACUUAACUUAGGGCAUACAGGUGAGUCUCACUGAUCAGGCAAGUGCUUAGUCUUCUGCAUAUGAAUCUGCUAACUGCCUGGUGUUACGUCUCCGAAGAGCCGAAGGAUUUUUUGUGAGCCG